AUGGUGCCCAUGUGCUCCACGACAUGCUGGGCAUGGCCAGCCCCCAUUCUCGAAGGUCCACAGCGUAGACGAAUACCCCAACAUCGCUACAAGGACGCCUGCGAUCGGGGCAAGGAUGUCGCAGCAACUCGCGAGGAUACAUUUGUGGUUUACCACCGAGACUUGCCCAGUGCAUUCUUGACAGCAACAGCGACGAUACUGUCCGGCUGGCGAUGUCGCAGAUGCCGAAUGACGUGCAAACCCAGCAAGUCAGGCGAGAUGAAGCAGGUGCCUCCGCCAAAUCGUUGGGUCACCAGCCAGCCAGUCAUGACUCCAUCUAGCUCCCCUAUCACUCUGCGGCCAGACAUGAGGAUCGACGAGGUCAUUCGGAUACUUCUCCGCUCCAAUGCGGUUUGUGUCGGAGACGCGCCCGACGGCGUCUUCUUUGUGAAGGUCGCCCAAAACGACGACACGCAGGACCCAGGCCUUGCGUGCAUCAACUUGGCAGACCUUCUUGAGGCUCCACGGCAGCUACCACUCGACUGCUUGUUGGGUCUUGGAAACAAGGAAGAAUGCGAUUUGUACUCAUCUGCGCCCGAGCCGUAUGUGGGCAAAAGUGUGCAGACGGAGUUGUAUGGCCGCCUGCCCUGGCUACUGGGGCUGCUUGUCUUUCUGUCGGUCUCGUCAGCCAUCUUGGAAUUCUUCGAUGUUUUGUUGCAGAAGCACCUCAUCAUCGCAUUUUACUUGACGGCCCUUGUUGGCUGCGGCGGCAACGCUGGUUCACAGGCUGCCUCACUGGUUCUGCAGGCGCUCGCAACCGGUGAGUUGGUUCCAACAUUUGCUGACUUGUGGCGUGUCCUCAGGAAGGAGCUCCUGGUGGCUCUGGGAAUUGCAGCCACUCUUUCGCUAGGAAUCGCUGGGCGCAUCCUGCUGUUCGGAGGCUCGGCUGUCGAUGCGCUUGCGAUCGCCCUCGCCAUGGCCGUUACGGUAGAUACCGGGGCUCAGGGCACGCAGGUGCCGGCUCUGGAAAAUGCUGCUGAGAUGACCACUGGAAGCGGGGCGACGGGAGAGAGACAGGUCCUUCGGGAGAUGAAGCAGAUCCUUGAGAGUGUUGUGCAACAGAAUGUGGAGCUGAUGUCCCAGAAUGAAGCUCUUCGUCUGCGGCUGGAGAAGCUGGAGGACGACAAGGUGGGAAGUCAAGACGCUUGGAGAUCUGUUGCAUCAGGUGGAGUAACGGACGGGAUUGAGGCUACCAUAGAGUUAGGUGAAGAGGGCAAUCAAGUUCAGGGUUGGGGUGAGAGUGAGCUAGGUAGGUUUAUCCCUCCUAAUCCUUCCACUGAGCGCCCAACAUCAGCACUUGACUCUGCGCUCAAUGCCGGGUCCUUAGAAGGCUCGUCUGUGGCGUACCAAAGGGCGUUUGAGCUGGGGUACAAUGCCGCUAAGGAGGCUCUGGAGACUGACAAGGGAGGGCUUCAGGAGCGGGCACAGGUCCUUGGGGAGCUAACGCAUUUGGGCACGGCUAAGACCGCGGGAGACGCGGUGCAAGCACUUAGGACCUGGAGUCGGUGUUACGCCCGCGCGCGCACCAUGUCAGUGGUGGUGCCUGACCCGGCACUCAUCCUUCGUGGAGUCGAUACUCUAGGGGAGCAGCUCCUUCGGAAGCCAGUGCACGCUCAAGUGGCAUUCCGCAUUUCCACGGCCCGCAAUCUUCUUCGACUGGAUCACAAUCCUACGAUGGCUUCGGCAGUGGAGUUCAUGCGCAUUUUGCAGAGUGAGUGGGAGCAGGUGGCCGUAUCGGGAGCUGAGUCCGCUCACGCCCCAAAGCUCAACAAGCUUGACAAUGGUGCGGGAGCUCAACAAAAGGGAAAUGAAAAGGGUGACAGACCUGACAACAAAGGGGGUGGGGCAGAAGGCAAGGGGAGUAAGGGGAAAGAGGGGAAGGAAAAACUCCAGACGCCUCGGCGGAGACUGGCGGCGCAAGUUCUUCAGGAAGCUCAGAAUCUGCUUAGAUCGCUUCGUCUUGUGGCACUCACAGUCCAAGAAAAGGAAGAGAGCGAUCAGAGGGAUGAUUGUCCGGAAGAUAUCACCCUGAACACCAUAUUGUCUCCCGAGCAGAUUUCCCCUAUCUGCCCUCUCGGCCUUCUGAUUGAAAAACUUGGCUGUCGGGUCAACUGGAGCCAGAACAGCUGCAUCAUUACUCACCCCACUAUCGGAGUGCUCCCAUCUACUUUGGUGGAUGCUUGCCCUGUUGUUCCAGAGGAGUUAUGCCUACGCUUGAUCCAGGAACUGGAGCAGCAUCGGAACAACGAAUUGCAGCAAGCACUUCAGUUAAGGGCUCUUCAGACCGGGGUGGAGAGUGAGGAUGUGCAAUCGGCAUGGGGUUCAGAGAAGAAGCUCAUGACGUGGCUAAGAGGGUUUGCACCAAACGGGCCCGAGUGGCUCGUAUCCAGAUCAGUUCCUUCGCGAUGUGAUGUGCCUCCUGAAGGUGCAAGUGUUUUCAUGAAUCUCAACCGGAGAGGGCGCAAAACCUUGGCUAUGUCGCGACACAUAGUGCUGCAUCUAUUCUCUGGAAAGACCUCUGUAGAAGCGGUGAGCUCUUUUGGUCAUCGUGCCACGGUGCUCAAUGUAGAUGUCCUCAAGGGCAGGGACCUCCUGGAUGAGAGUACGUUUUCUUGGUUAGCCACUCUGUGUGCGUCCGGGAGAGUUGCGGCAGUAGUGGCUAGCCCCCCAAGUAGCACGUACCGCUGUGCGAGGGAGGUGAAAGAGAGAGAGGGAGGGUCCAGGCCGCUUCGCGGUAGGACGGAUGGUACUAGGUUUGGAUUGGCGUCCAACAGCCCAGAAGAGCAGAAGGUAGUUGAAGAUGAGUCCGUGCUCCUCUUCCGCACCAUGGUACUGCAUCACUUGGCAGAUGAGUCCAGGGAUGAUGGGAGUCUUUUGGUUCUGGAGCAAUCGCAGGAUCCAUUGAAGUAUGCUUCGGAGAGUUGUCGAAAGGAUGAGGUCCCGUCGGUUUGGGCGUGGCCGGAGUUCAGCAACCUUCUGGUAGGGGGGAGUCCGCAAUAUCCGCCUGAUCUUUCUCGUCCUGUUCGUAGUCCACCACAGUCCGGGUUCUUCCUAGCUGAGUUUGAUCAGGGACCACUUGGACAUGAGAGACGGCAGCCCACUGGGAUCCUCACGAACUCUUGGAAACUGUUCACGUUGUGA